CCUACUAUGGCUGGUGGCCUAUUUUCUAUUGACAGAAACUACUUUGAAGAGAUAGGAACUUACGAUGCAGGAAUGGAUAUCUGGGGUGGCGAGAAUCUUGAAAUGUCUUUUAGGAUCUGGCAGUGCGGGGGCUCCCUGGAGAUCGUCACCUGCUCCCACGUGGGACACGUGUUCCGCAAGGCCACCCCCUACACCUUCCCGGGGGGCACGGGCCACGUCAUCAACAAGAACAACAGGAGGCUGGCGGAGGUGUGGAUGGACGAGUUCAAGGACUUCUUCUACAUCAUCUCCCCGGGUGUGGUGAAGGUGGAUUAUGGAGAUGUGUCCGUCAGGAAGGCCCUGAGGGAGAGCCUCAAGUGCAAACCCUUCUCGUGGUACCUGGAGAACAUCUACCCCGACUCCCAGAUCCCACGGCGCUACUACUCACUGGGAGAGAUCAGGAACGUUGAAACCAACCAGUGUUUGGACAACAUGGGCCGCAAGGAGAACGAGAAAGUGGGAUUUUUCAACUGCCAUGGAAUGGGAGGAAAUCAGGUGUUCUCCUACACGGCCGACAAGGAGAUCCGCACGGACGAUCUGUGCCUGGACGUGUCGCGCCUCAACGGGCCCAUCCUCAUGCUGAAGUGCCACCACCUGAGGGGCAACCAGCUCUGGGAGUACGAUGCCGAGAAGCUCACCCUGAGGCACGUGAACAGCAACCAGUGCCUGGCAGAGCCGUCGGAGGAGGACAGGCUGGUGCCCACCAUGAGGGAGUGCGGGGACGGCCGCUCCCAGCAGUGGCUGCUGCGCAACAUGACCCUGGGGGCCUGAGCUGGGCACGGCAUCUCCUCCUCCUCCUCUUCCUCCUCCUCCUCCUGCCCUCCUCCUGCCCAGCCCAGCCCUCUCCAAACGCCACCAGAG